AUGUCUACCAAACGCACCCGCGAUGCCGAUGAUGCCGUCGAUGCAAAGAAACCCAGCGACAAUCAAGACACCCGCAAGCGCAGAAAAGGGUUCACCGUCGGACCCGAAAAUCUCCCAGAUGGCACAUAUCGCCGCAAAGCACAAAAAAUCAAACGCGACCUCAUCCAAAAAGCCAAAGUGAAAAAGGCAUACGCCAAAAUAAAAGCCGCCGAAGAAGAGUCCGCGCCUGCCGUUCGAUCUCUCUAUUAUGAGGAUGAAGAAAUCACCGCCGCCACGAAAGAUGAGUCCGCAGAUCCAUCGACCGGCUUAGAGUUACAUCCAGACCGACAGGCCAUGCUCGAUGCUCCCGAGGCCCCGACAACAACUGAAAGGCCAAAGAUCACCAGAGAAUGGAAUAGAGAACGCAACCAACGAAAGCGGCGCCCAAAGCCAUCCGCGUUCCAGAAAGAGCUAGACAUAGCUGAAAAACGCAGAAAGGAGCAGGAAGCGCGUCAGAAAGAAAGAGAAUUAAAAGCUAAAGAGAGGCAGGCGAUGGCGAAGGCCAGGAGGCCUGAUCAAUUCGGGAAGCGGAGGUUGGGGAGGGAGAGUACGGUGUUGUUGAGUAAGAUUCAGAGGACGUUAGGUUCUCAAUGA